AUGGAGGGGAUGCUGCAGAAAACUCCACCAGCAGCACUAGGAAUGCACAAGAAUUCACAAAAAAUAUCGAAGAUCAAGCCGAAAAUUCGUAUAAGUCACAUCUUUGCACCAGAGAUUAUCAAAACAGAUGCUGCAAACUUCAGAGAAUUAGUCCAAAAACUCACUGGAAAACCCACAGAGAAUCUAAGAUCAUCAUGCACCAAGAAAAAAAGGACAAGAAAUGUAGCUAAUGAUCCAAGAAUUUUGGCCAAGAAAAUGGACCUGGCUAUGAAAAAUGGAUUCGAGAGUUCAGGGUUUAAAGAGAGAAUCAAGGGUGAAGAACAUAUAUGGAGAAAUGCGAAUACCGGCGCAGGUUUCUUGGGUGGUUUUACAGAAUUUGAUGGCUUCAUGAAAGAGAUUAAUCCGUUUCCAUUGAUGCCUCCUUUUGAAGGUUCUUCUCAGAUUGAUCAACUUGAAAACGGAUUUCUAUGA